AAGCUACACUCGUACAAAAUCUUCUCAUACAACCUUUGUCCAACCCUUAGCACCUCAUCUUUCCGGGCUCUUUUGAAGCUCGUAAACACUACGGCCUCGGCAGACUGGUUUUGAGAUUAAGCAUGCCAUCGACUGUGACGACAACAUCUGCGCGGCCUGUGCCGGACACAGCAAAGCCCGUGGCCCGCAAAGAAUUUCCCAAGGAAGCAGAGCCGCCAUCAAUGGGACGUGAUGCUCACGACUUCUUCUGGGCGUCCACCGAGGAGCCUCAUCGAACACGACGCAAGGCUAUUAUCAAGGCCCAUCCCAAAAAGGUUACCAAACUAUGCGGCACGGAGCCCUUGACGAAAUAUGUCGUCUUCGGCGUCGUUUCUCUCCAAAUUACUUGCGCAUACCUUCUUCGAAAUACCAGCAUAUUAUCGUGGCCGUUCCUAUUGACCGCAUACGUCAUUGGCGCGACUGCCAACCAGAACCUUUUCCUCGCCAUCCACGAAAUCUCGCACAACCUGGCCUUCAAGUCUCCCCUGCUCAACCGCUGGUUUGCCAUCUUUGCAAACCUCCCCAUUGGCAUCCCGUACAGCGCGGCCUUCCGACCAUAUCAUCUUACGCACCACAAAUCUCUCGGCGUCGAUGGCCUCGAUACAGAUCUCCCCACAGCCGUUGAGGCACUCUUCCUUGAUUCAAUCCUAGGAAAGGCCUUUUUCUGCACGUUCCAGAUCCUAUUCUACGCACUUCGCCCGAUGAUGGUGUAUCAGCUUCCUGUGACGCCAAUUCACUUAUGCAACGUCUUUGUACAAGUCAUUUUUGACCUGGCCAUGUUUCACUUUGUCGGCGGAAAAGCUAUCAUGUACUUCUUGAUUAGCUCCUUCUUGGCAGGCUCUCUGCACCCAUGUGCCGGUCAUUUCAUCGCAGAGCAUUACGUCUUUGAGAAAACAGCGCCUGGAACGAUUGAUCCCAAGACCGAGGCCCCUCUGCCAGAGACAUACUCGUAUUACGGCGCGCUCAAUCUGCUUACUUACAAUGUCGGUUUACACAAUGAGCAUCACGAUUUCCCGGCUGUGCCGUGGACUCGCCUGCCCGCGCUUCAUGAAAUGGCGCGUGAGUUUUAUGCGGAUCUCCCGCGACAUGAUAGCUGGGUUGGCGUCAUCUGGCAGUUUAUUUGGGACAAGGAAGUCAGUCUUUGGUGCCGCGUGAAGCGGAAGGAGGGCGGCCGAUUGGUUGGCGGCGCAUCUGGAUGGAAGGAAGAAGAGUUAGGAGCGAAUGAGGCCAAGGGUGUACCGAUUCCUGGCGUGAAAUAAGCAUUAGAGCGGGACAAAAGAAUCAUUUGCUUUUCUUAGGUUCGAAUGGGUGCUCGCAGAGAAUAUAGAGAGAGCUGGAUUAAAAGUGGCGUUUGUGGAUUUCACUAAAAUUGAAGAUAUUUUUUAUACGAGAAUGGCUAUUGCAGCAAUAAAGACAUUUCAGAGC